AUGAGCUACAGACACUCAGGUUGGCUGAGUGUAAGAGAGGAGAACAUCUGGAAGAAACGAUGGUGCGUACUGGACACCAACACCCCUCGCACCUUCUCCUGCUAUGUCCAGGAAGGGAACGACCCGGUCCCGCUCUGCAUCAUUCCCAUUCGCAACAUUCUAUCCGUGAAGCAGGAGCAGGAGCAGGUGGUCUUGUACCAUCUCCAGGGCAGCGCCGUGUACUUGAGAGGAGACAGCAUCGACGUCACCCAGCACUGGCUGAGGAUUCUUGAAGAGUGUAUGGGGAAGGAGCAGGGUGGCUCGAGGUGGCUCAAGGCUUCACACAAGUCGCAGGAGCAGGAAGGGACAGGAGGAGGAGUCCGGGUAGAGCAGCAGGAGCAGCUGGCUGGCCAGGCUCGCGGUUCUGAUGUGGGUCUUGAGCCGAGGAACAGCAGCAUCUUUGCUCGCCUCGUUCAACCUCUGCGGUUCCAAUCCUCCUCCUCCUCCUCCUCCUCCUCUUCCUCCAAGUCCUCGGGAGCUGUUUGGAUGAACAACAGUGCCGUCUCGCAUUGCUUCGAAUGCAACUCCCAGUUCUCGUUGUUCAACAGGAAGCAUCACUGCAGGAGCUGCGGGAGGAUCUUCUGUGGCAAGUGCAGCUCCCACCGGGCCCUGGUGGAGGGAAACGAGCAGCGAGUAUGCGAGCACUGCUUUUCUAUGUCGACCAAUAGCAUGCGGGCUGCUAGCUCUUCCCUCCACGACAGCAGCAUUCCCUCUGCUGAGGGUCAGAACGCGGAGGAGGCGAACGUGGUGAGCUCGACUGGUCGGCCCUCGGUGGACGUAGCCCGGACCUCGUCUGCGGAGAGGGACCGGUCUCUGCUGCGGACGUCGCAAGAUCCGUCGAGCAGGUCAGUUGGGGAGCGAUCGCCAGGAAAGACGGGACUGUGGGCGAUCUCACCUCGCAGUGCGAACCUUCCUGGGUGGGACUGGAUGCUGGGAGGGAAAGACGAGGGAAGGGAGAGCCCUGAGGGAGUCGCCGACGUGUUGCAGAGGGAGGAGGAGGAGGAGGAGGAGGAGGGAGCGACGUAUGACGAUCGAGAAGGCCGGCAUCGCAUGGAAAGGGGCAAGGGGGAGGACGAGGAGGACGAGGAGGGGGAGAGUGGGUCAAAGACUGUCCCGGCUGCCUUGCCAGGGCGGAGUGUGAUGGAGUCGGAGAAAGAAGUGGAGUCUGGGAGGGAGCAGGACAACGUAGGGAGGAUGCGUGAGCUUCAGAAACUUUUCUCGGCAGCGGACGACCAUCUCACUGCGCUGAUCGCGUACCUCGUCGCUUCUGAGAACCUCCGCAAGGAGUGGAGGCAGGUGAUCAAGUACCUGGUGCUCGACACGAUAUCGCAGCUGUGCAUGCAGAGGAGGAGGAGGGCGCAGCUGGCGGCCGACUCGUUCAUGCAGAGCUCGUCUGAGGGCUCGUCGAUGGAGCAGAGCGUCAGGAAGUCGUCCUCGUUCUCCAUGGAGGAGUUUCAGAAUCUGUUUGGGUCGGAGGAGGAGGAGGAAGAGGAGGAGAUGAUGGGGAUACUGGAGUUCAUGAGCAGCUUCAAGGUGAAGAAGGUGGAGGGAGGCAAACCAGAGGACAGCUUGACGUACUCGGGAAUCAUAUUCUCGAAUCAGAUCUCUCACAAGAGGAUGCCCGACUGUGUUCCCCCGCUAGGGGAGGGAGGAGGAGUUCGGCUCCUCCUCCUCGGUUGCUCCGUGGAGUACGCUCGAGGAUUUCGUUACGUCUCCCUAGCCCACCUUCCGCGCCAAGAGAAAGAAUACUCUCGGAUAGCCUCUACUCGUAUCCUGCAGCAGCGCCCGGACGUCGUUCUCCUCCAGGGCUUCAUGACCAAAGACGUCGUCGAGCAGCUUAGGCUCGCAGGAGUUACUGUCGUGCAGAACGUGAAACGAUCCAUCCUCGAGAAGAUUUCUGUGAGAAUGAAGGGAGCAGGGUUGAGCAGAACAUCCAGGAAAAGGUGUUGA